GUGGUACAGAAGACCCACACAGGUCCAACAGACUGUGGUACAGAAGACCCACACAGGUCCAACAGACUGUGGUGCAGAAGACCCACACAGGUCCUACAGACUGUGGUACAGAAGACCCACACAGGUCCAACAGACUGUGGUGCAGAAGACCCACGCAGGUCCAAACAUUCCUAGGCCCACACCUGAAGGUGUGUUCUACAGCCUGCCAGGAAUGUCAGCCUCAGUCCAAAGUGUGGACCUUUCACCGGUGGAAUGGACACACCCAUCCAUGGUUAAACAGCGGAUCUCCGUCCCCACGUCACGCUUGCUGACCAUAGCACACAAAGAAGACAUUUGGGAGCCAAAGUGGACCUUCAGGCACCACAAGCCCUCAUUUGGACCUUCAGGCACACACCACAAGCCCUCAUUUGGACCUUCAGGCACACACCACAAGCCCUCAUUUGGACCUUCAGGCACACACCACAAGCCCUCAUUUGGACCUUCAGGCACACACCACAAGCCCUCAUUUGGACCUUCAGGCACACACCACAAGCCCUCAUUUGGACCUUCAGGCACACACCACAAGCCCUCAUUUGGACCUUCAGGCACACACCACAAGCCCUCAUUUGGACCUUCAGGCACACACCACAUUCCCAGCAGGGGAACCCUAAGCUCUCUUUGUGACACUGACUAGACAAGUGUUUGCAUCCAUUUUCAGACUACUGCUUCAGUACCACAUUUGAGGAAAAAAAAAAAAAAAAAACACAUUAUGAUGGGACUUUCAGAGUGAAUAGAGUUUGCAGUGAUGCGAGAUUCUUAUUUAUGCCAGUUAUAAACCAAUUUAUCUUUUUCAAAAAUCUAUUUAAAAAUAAAUCUACCAUGUGUUCCGGACAAUGGACAUCAGCAGUAUGUAAGCUGCACCCACUACAUUUUAGAAGAAAAAACUAUUUUCCAUAUAUUAACCGCAGCAGACUAUAAGCACAUAUAUUUACAUAAGAAGAUUUGCUAAAUGUUUAUUUCCAUAGCUUCGUUGUGUCCAGAGAGUGUCUGUAACAGGGCAGCAAAACAGCGGCUCAAACAAAACAGAAGCCAUGGUCGUGGACCCACUAGCUGUGGAAACCAGUUCUCCAAUCAGCAACACAGACUCAAUAACUCCACGCUAACGUUUGAGUGAUUUUACAAAACUGAAAGAAUACAUAAAGAAUGCUACUGUACUCGGGGGUACUAGGAUGCAAAACAAUAACAGCACAAUACUGCCUACUUUGUCUUCUUAUAUUCUUAUUUUACUGUUAUAUUUGUAUUCCCAUUGUUGCUUUUUAGUUUUUAUUCUUAUUGUAAUAUUUCUCUAUUUUGUUUCCAUUUAAACCCCCAUUAUUUACUUUUUACUUUUUUUUAAAUUGAUCUCAACUCUGUACACUGCUGCUGGAAUUUUAAUUUCCCUGAAGGAAUCAAUAAAGUACUAUCUAACUAUC